CACACUCGUCUUACGGGAAUCCCCAUCCAUCGUCAUAUUCUAGCCUUCUUAUCUUGCUUUCUUCUGAUUUCCUCUCAAUCCGACACCCUGGCUACCCUUCGAGCACUCAGGCCCAUCCCUCCCACAUUCCCAGCUCUAUUCCAAAGUACGCCUCGAGUUCACCCGGAAUUUCGUCCUUAUCAGUUCCGUACGGCCGCUACUAAAAUGUCCGCGAAAUUGGAAUGGCUGUGCAUUGUCCCGGACAAGCCCGGGAUGAAUGCGAAGAGAAUCGAGGUUCGGCCAACGCAUUUAGCAAACCUGGGCCCUCUUCUUGAAUCCAAAACUAUCGUGGCUGGAGCAAUGUUCACCGAAGCACACCCCACCGAAGGCUCCACGCCGCAAUUCAAGGGCAGCAUGGUGAUUAUUCAGGCCGGCUCGCUGGAAGAAGUGCGUGGCAUCUUGAGCAAGGAUGUGUACACGCAAAGCGGCGUUUGGGAUUUGGAGAAUACGCAGAUCAUCCCCUAUAAAUCGGCUGUUCGGUUGCCUAUGUGAAGCUGCGCAGAGAUGUGAACUUAGGCGCUAUUGUA